CAUUUUCUGCAUAUCAGUUGGGUUUCUUUCAGAUUACUAGUGGGUGAAAAAUUCGCGGGCUAGGAGAGGCGGCGGCAGCGACGGGGACGAUCUGAUUCCCCUAUCUGAAUCUCGAACUUCUUCCUCACAAAACCACAGCGCUUGUGGCUAGUAAUCCGAUUCCCACGUGAAACUCGGUUAGAGACAUGGCGUUGAAGUUCUUGAACAAGAAAGGAUGGCACACCGGUAGUCUCCGGAACAUAGAGAACGUCUGGAAGGCGGAGCAGAAGCACGAGGCCGAGCAGAAGAAGUUGGAAGAGCUCCGUAAGCAGAUCCAUGAGGAGAAGGAGCGCCAAGAGUUUCGUCUUCUUCAAGAACAGGCCGGCCUCGUUCCGAAGCAGGAGAGAUUGGAUUUUCUUUAUGAAUCGGGUUUGGCAGUCGGGAAAGCCAGCGAGUCCGAUGGAUUUAAGAGUCUCGAAACCCUACCGAGUACAUCUACUCCCGCGGCUUCCUCUGAUCCAUCUAGUUCCAAGGAAGCCGCUGUCCCAGGAGCUCUUUUUGUGGAUAAACUUCCUUCUGCUAAUGACGCAUGGAGGAAGCUUCAUUCUGAUCCUUUGCUUAUCAUUCGACAACGUGAGCAACAAGCUCUUGCACGCGUAAGAAACAAUCCUAUUCAGAUGGCUAUGAUUCGCAAGACUGUUGAAGGGGAAAAACACAAGGAAAAGAAUCCUGAUCACAAAAGAGAUCGAAAGAAGCACCGACGUAGUAAAUUUAAACAUUUUUCUCCAGAACGAGAUCAUGAUUCUGAAGAUGCCAGCCCUGAGAGGCAGAGAAGGAAACAUGGUCAUGACAAGAGUUCAAAACAUGAUGAUAAUUCUUAUUCCGAAGAUAGGAGGAUAACUGAUUAUAAGAAUGAGAGAGAUGAUAAAGAUGAUCGUGACAAGAGUUCAAGACAUGAUGAUCAUUCUUAUUCUGAAGAUAGAAGAACUGAUUAUAAGAAUGAGAGGGAUCAUAAAGACGAUCGUGACAAGAGUUCAAGACAUGAUGAUCAUUUUUAUUCCAAAGAUAGGAGGAGAACUGAUUAUAAGAACGAGAGAGAUCAUAAAGAUGAUCGUGACAAGAGUUCAAGACAUGAUGAUCACUCUUAUUCAGAAGAUAGAAGGAGAAGAGAUGAUUAUAAGAAUGAGAGGAACUAUGACAGAGGCUCGAAAUAUGCAGCACAAACGACGUACGAUCAGUCAGAUCUAAAGUCAUCCAAAACCAAUUCUCAUGAUUCUGCAGAGAGACAUCAUGACAGAUCAAAGAGAGAGAGAGAUUCUUAUGCUAACAACGAAAAGGUGAGCAGAAGAGUGGGGGAAUCGAGAUCUUAUGAACCCAAUGCUUCUGAAACUCCUCAUGAGUCGCGCCAUAAGCACCGUAGGCCUGCUACAAAGCUUUCAGAAGAAGAGCGUGCAGCUAGGUUGCGUGAGAUGCAGCAGGAUGCCGAGUUACAUGAAGAGCAAAGAUGGAGGCGUUUGAAGCAGGCAGCUGAGGAUGAUGCACUGGAAGCCAAACAAAAUGCAGCAGUGCCCUCGAGCAAAAAUUUCUUGGACGCUGCUCAGAAAAGCAUGUAUGGUGCCGAGAAGGGAGGAAGCUCAACAAUCGAGGAGAGUAUUCGUCGUAGGACGUAUUAUUCACAGGGUAAAUCUGAUAUUGAAGCCAAUGCAUUUCGACGAAGGAUGGAAUGAUAGUGUAGUCCACAGUCAAUGAAGCCGAAGGAGCUGGAGGCUUUCGAUGCAUCGGUCGAAAGAUCGAGCUGGAGUAAUAAUAUUGCUUUGGUCACUUGAAGGAUUAAGACGUGUGGAAAUACUCAAGGAAAGCAAGAGUGAAUGUAAUUUAACAAGACCAAGACGUAAAAGUAUAGCUAAUCUUGUGUGUGGGGCACUAGCAUUAGAAGAACAAUGCAUGUCCGUCUCCCAACUUCGUUAGAAUGCAUUGUUUGUGUGUUUGUUUAGCGCAUGAAAAUUAAG